AUGGCGAAGGAAAAGUCCCAGAAACAUGGUGCUCCUGUUCCUGAAAGCCGCGGUCAAAACACUGCGCUCCCUCAUGCACACACUGCGGAUUCAGAGACCAUUCUCACAUUGUCCAUGUCAGAGAUGGCUCUCAGCGAUGCCACCUCGAAGCCUCCAAAGGCUCAAAAUCCCAAGAAACCGCGCAGAGAUAUCGUAGAUCAGUUCCGUCGAUACUUCGGCAACGAGAGCGAAGUUGCCAACUGGGUACGCCUGUGCCGCGAUGUUGGCAUUCAAGAGGACUUGAAAAGCAUUAGACAGUGCAGGAAGACGAGGAUUGACAGACCUCAGGCACUGAAAAACGUUUGGGUCAAUAUCUUUGAUCUGAUCGACGCCGUCGACGCCGAGAAGACUCCGCCAAAGCUCUUCAAGAAUGAGCGUGCGCUGAGCAAGUACACGAUGAAUACAGGGAAGAUAUAUCCAAAGCGGAAGGCCAAGGAAGGAGGUCCAGUUAGAGGGUUAUUGGCACACAUCUUUUGUCCUAAAUGA